GUAAAUCUGCGCUAGAAUAAACUUAUCUACAAACAUUUGAGUAAACUUACUUACAAAUGUGAGAAAUAAGUUUAAUUAUAAGUUUACUUAUCUUAUAUUUGUAACUUCAAAAUAAAUGCGUUGAAAAAACGUUUACUUACAAACAUAAAUGUAAACUUAUGAUGCAACAUUGCAAAUCAGUUUACAUGUAAACACAAAAAGUAAACCAACCGUUUACCAUUUCCCGUUAGUUUUUUCGCCGACUCUCUGACGACUGUUUUUCCUUUUUUGAGUGAUCGCAGUUCAUAAUUAUUGAAUUUGUGAGAUGUAAAGACGUGCGAUUUAAAUAAAACAGUGGAAAAGUUAAUAACUAAAAAUAAUUAAUUGAAAAAUUACUUACAUAUAUGUAUUAUUUAGAAGUGUUAUAAAUAAAAUAAAAUAAAAAAUGUCCGCCAAUAAAUCAUACACAUACAACUCCCAAGAACCAAUAGCCCAAAUAAAUACCGAUGGAGUGCAUUUGCAAUUUGAAACAUCCAUCAACCAAAACGGAAAUAACCACAUCAUAGUCGAAGAAGCAGGAACAAUUAAUAGCUAUACACUGGAUCGCACAUUUUUAGAAGCAAUUCAAAGCACCAUUGAUGCAGCUGUAUCCAAAUCUAUGGGAAGAAUCGUAGAGGAGGUAAGAAGCUUGCGGCAAGAUAUCGCAGAGUUGAGGAAUAGCAGAGACAAUGUUCCAUUAAAAAAGAUUAUGCCAGCGGAACCUUUAAACACAGUGGAGCAAUUUAUGGAAUUGGAGAGUUUACUCCAGAAGGAUGAAGAAUAUGCUAAAUUUAAAUCGGAACUUAUGCAAAAUAUUAAAUACACAGGAGCGAAAUUCGUCAGAACAGCUUGGCGCUCAUUGGUAUCCGAUGAAUGUGCUCAACAUUUUGCUUGGAGUGGAACGUCAGACAAAAAAACCUGUCCGCGUCUUAAAAGUAUCUAUGGCUAUCCGAGAUGUCUUCUUACAUGAAGUGAAGGGCAAUGACACUGAAUAUAUAAGUGGCACCAAGACGAUUUUUCAGUUUGCCAAAAAUAGACAAAAACGAAAGCACCAAAAUGCAGCAAAUUAAUUAUUUUACCUAACUAUUUUUCU